CCCUCGAUACAUGCACAUUUUUUUCAUUACGUUUUGUUUUGUAAAAAGAAUUAAAGGAGGCCAUGCAUCAUGUAACUCAGUUUUGUUUGAUGCGACAGAAAAGGAAAGAAUUAUUGAUGUCAAUGAUAACAGUCCCCCUAUGAACUCCAAAGUUAACAGCCCUUCUGUCAACUCCAAAGUCAACUCAAAAGGCAACAGUAUUUCUGUCAACUCCAACGACAACAACCUCCCUGUCAGCUCCAGAGGCAACAGCCUCCCUGUCAACUCCAACGGCAACACCAGCUUACCUAAGAAAACCAUCAGGACAGAGUGUUGUCAAAGCAUUGCAGACUUUAGGCAAAGAAGUGACAACGAUUUUGUGUUUAUUCGUUUUGUUAGUGUUUUGUAUGAUUGUGAAAUGGUGUCAACGGGUGUUUUCCAGGUGGCGACGACGUUGUGGUCAUUGUCCUCACAAUCUGCUGUUCUGUUGUUCACAAACACCCCCGCCUUCCCCACACUCAGCUCAAUCUACCCCGCCUUCCCUACACUCAGCUCCACCUACCCCGCCUUCCCCACAAUCAGCUCCAUCUACACCGCCUUCCCCACACUCAGCCCCACCUACCCCACCUUCCCCACACUCAGCUCCAUCUACCCCGCCUUCCACACACUCAACUCCUGCCUCUCCACAACAUUCACUCUCAGCUUCUCCUCAAUUCCCCCCCCCCCUCAGCUCAUACCUCUCCACCUACCCCUUCAUCAAACACUCAACUGUUGCCUUCUGAAUCACGUUCAGUCACUCGUCUCCAGACGCGUAUGCAGUCGAUUGCAUCACGGUCAUUCACUCGGCUGCAGGCGCGUCUGCAUGCAAGAACAUUACAUCCACCCAGACAGCAGGCUAGGAGGUCUCUGGACUUUGAGCUGAAGCAGUUGCGUUGAUUUUGUUGUUUUAAAUAUUAAAAAUAUCUUUGAUUAUUUUUAUAUGUAAGAAUUUACAUGUUUUAAGUAUUAAAAUUAUCUUUGAUUAUUUUUAUAUGUAAGAAUUUACAUGUUUAU